CGGCCAGUCGUCACUAUGGCACCGGAUCCUUGGUUGGCCACCUACGAUGAUACAUACCAGCUGGCACAGGAGAUUGCCGAAAAACUGCACGAGCGGAACCGGUACCUGCGGAAUGGAGAAAACCCAGUGAAGAUUAAUGUUGCUCUCAGGUCCCUGAUGCAGAAUCUCAGUGGGAAGAUCGGGCAGUUGAAGGAAUCGUUGCUCCGGUCGGUAUCCACUCGCCAAAUAACUCAGCUGGAAGGGGAUCGGAGGCAGAAUCUAGUGGACGAGCUGCUGACUAAAGAGAGGCAACUGCAGACGUCGUUUCAGAGGGAAGGGGCGGAGCCUGACUUGGUGAGGUCGAGUCUCAUGGCCGGCGGGGCAAGAAGCUCAUCUCGCAAUAACCCCUGGGUGUUGGAGGAGCCGGAGGAGACCCGAGGCUUCACCUUCCAGGAGAUAAAGCAACAGCAGCAUCAGAUCAUAAGAGAACAAGAUGCCGGCUUGGACGCCCUCUCCUCUAUCCUUGCCCGACAGAAACAGAUGGGCCAGGACAUUGGCAACGAGCUGGACGAACAGAACGAAAUCAUCGAUGACGUGAGCGCCUUGGUGGACACGACCGACUCCAAGAUCCGCAACCAAACCCGACACAUCAAACUGGUGGAUGGGAAAUCCGGCUCCUGCGCUAUGAUGGUGGUGAUCGUCCUCCUCCUCGUCGCUAUUGUCGUGGUCGCUGUUUGGCCAACGCACUGACGCCGCCCGAUGCCCAUUCUGCCCUUGGCCCUGAUUGGCCGGUGCUACUGAAAGGGGCAAGUUCUCUGCCCGGCCAACCGCUCUCAGGGCUGCUGUUCCUAUUACUGCCCCCCGGGCACAGAACCCACCAACGGACUCUAGAACAUUCCAACUGGACCCGAGGGUUCUAGACUCAUUGCUGGGUCUGUAUGGGAACCCAGUAAAUACCAAUGGGCCGGAACUGAGCCGGCGGCACCUCUGUACCUGGGGGGUCGGGGGGAGACUGACUGACGGCACCGGGGGGCUCAUUUAUUUGGGGGGGCGGGGCAUUUCCGCUCAGAUUGUCUCUCAUUUUGUCAUGUUUUUCUUCUAGAAAUUAGCAAUAAAAUUUGCCAGAUUUUUCCCUGA